CACACCCAGUACAGUAGGUGCCAGUACUGCGCUCUUGUACCAGAACCACAGUCUAUGACCAGAACACAAGAAGAAGACUGCGGAUUUGCUUGUGUUGGGGGAACCCCAUUCUGACGAAGAGAGUGAAUCAUGGAUGAUGAUGAGGUUGCCGAGAGCUGGGAGGAGGCAGCAGACAGUGGGGUAAGAUCGAUACCUUGAUGGGUUCAAUGGCAAUGUUACAAGGAAAUGGAGAGAAGACUAGAAGAGAAGCUAAGAAUCAGCCAAAAAGAGAGGAUGUCGGGUGGGAAUGCCGUGCGGUCUCCAAUGAAAACAGCCAUUGUUAUCCAAGAUGACUCCCUGCCAGCCGCUCCGCCACCUCAGAUAAGAAUCCUUAAGCGUCCCUCUAGCAACGGAUCCCUGGGGUCUCCACUGACGCAGACACGCCCAGCGCCACAGGUGAAGUCUCUAGCCCAGCGGGAAGCUGAAUAUGCCGAAGCUCGAAAGAGAAUCCUGGGCAGCGCCACCCCCGACGACACACCACAGGAACGGCCUAAUGCUGACAGAUCACCAAGAAUAAACACCACUCCGUCAGACGACACCCGAUCAAACAAUCACGUGGUCCGCCAGCCAGCUGGCCCAGAUGGUACACAAGGCUUUCGGCAGCGUAGAUAGGAAUACAGAUCUCUGCUAAGGAGACUCGAGGAGGACAAAUUGGGGGGAGGGGUCAGGAUCUUUGGGGAAGGGCUUUUUGUUUUUUUAAAAAGGAGAAUUUGACAUUUAUCUGUAACAUAAGAAUGCGUGGUCUCUUACCACCCCGCAUGGCGUUUUUUGUUGUUGG